AGGGGGGCGGUCUCACUCAGGAACACACACACAAACAGGGGCCCAUCUGGUUCAAGUGAGGAUAGGGACCGUCCUGAGCUGAACUCGACGUUACAAAUAGGAGCUGCGGCAUUGCAAGUGGAGCAGAGUGGAGGUGCGCUACACCGAUGAUAAUAUUGGAUAACAGAGGCGAGUGAAGCCGCGGUUUGUGGACACCACGGAGGAAGGAAAAGCGCGUUCUUCCUGAACAGGAUCAAAAACACGUUUGGAAACGCCGAGAGCGGCCAUGCGCACCCGCGGAGGAAACUCCUCAUUCCACUGAGGAGGCGCUGUUGCUACAUUCCCGUCAGACGUCCAACAGAGUUCAGUGAUCCCUCAGCACCACACAGUGGCACUUGACGUUCAUCGCCAGCCGGGAUUUAAUCAUCCAACUACCCAGAUGUUUGAGGAGGACUCCCAGGAGAUGAGGGGCCAAGAAGACGUCGGAGUGCUCCGUGCCGUGGAAUCACCCACAGCAGUGGCUUCUGCUGGAGGGGGAGCAGGAGGAGCUUUGUCUUUCACAGAUGAAGCUGUGUCCAUCCUGACUUCCAGCAGCCUGCUGGCACGCUCGCUGCUGGGCCGCACCUCAGCCGUCAAACGUAAAGAGAGCCCUUCCUCCAGUGCCCGGCGCAAGCGCGAGUUCAUACCUCACGAGAAGAAGGACGACAGCUACUGGGACAAGAGGAGGAAGAACAACGAGGCGGCUAAGCGCUCACGAGAGAAGCGGCGCGUGAACGACAUGGUCCUGGAGAGCCGUGUGCUGGCUCUGCUGGAGGAAAACGCGCGACUCCGAGCAGAGCUGUUGGCGCUCAAGUUCCGCUUUGGCCUGGUUAAAGACCCCUCCAAUGCCCCAAUACUGCCCCUCACUACAGCUCCCCAGCACACCCCUCAACCCUUGACUCCUCAAUAUUACCUCCAAAGGGGGGGCGGAGGCCUCCAAGGCUCCUCAGUACCACAUCCCAACAACCAAGCAGGCCAGAUGAGCAGCAGGGGCUCCAGGGAUGCUGGGAACAUGUCAGAAGACUCGGGCUUCUCUACGCCAGGUGGGUCCAGUGUGGGCAGUCCGAUUUUCUUUGAAGACCGCCUUAGCGACCAUGGGAAAUUAUCCCCACACCGGGGUGAGGAGCUGGGGUAUGACCUCCACCAUUCGCCUACAGAUCCCCACCACGCUGCAGGACUAACUGGGGGGAAGAUGGAUCACGCAGAGGCGAUGAAAAACCUUCCUCACAAAUUGCGUUUCAAGAUCCCCGGAAGCAACGACGGAACCGAUGCCCAGGGAGACGGUGGCGUCGCCAGACGCAGCCCCACGCUAUCUACUGCGGGCCGGGAAGCUCCAAGAGAGAAAGGACUGAGCGGAGGCAGCGAGGCAGGAGCAGGCCCAGCAUGUGCCAGCUCCUGGAUCCAGCACAUCGAGGGGGAGGAAAGCAGGAGGGGGCGACACUCCCCUCAAUACAGUGCUUCGACAUCCAACUACAGCCUCCAGCCCCCUCCUGCUCAAGUGCAACCUGAGGUCCAGUACCAGCACGAGAACACUUACCUGAAGUGUCAGCUAAACUCCCUCAGCGAGGAGGUGGCUCAGCUGAAAAAGCUUUUCACAGAGCAGCUCAUGGCCAAAACCAACUGAGGACAGAUGCUGUGAGCCAGUCAACAUUUGCCAGCGUCUAGACUUUUAAGGGCAAAGUUUACUUUAAGAAAGCCAAAAAGGACUUUCAAGUCUAGCUCAUCAUGUGUUGUUUUUAUCUCAAGUAUUGUAAUGUAUUAUAAUAAAUGUCUUUAAAGCUCA